CAAGAGAACAAGGAGACCUCUGCAAACUCAUCUUCCAUAGCCAAAAUUCGAGCUCAAGCCAUAGGGUUCCAAGAAGGAAGAUUAAAGAGGGAAAAAGUUGGGAAAAGUGUGAAUAAUUAAGGCACUUGUAAAGGGUAUCUCAAGUGAUUUCACAAAGUUGGAAAAGUCGCCGGAGUUUUCGCCGGAGUUGACCAAAAGUCGCCGGAGUUUCACCGGAGUUCAACCAAGAAGAGUAGAACUUCAUACGCUAGUUCAAGGUUGAAGCUAGGGCUUGCCACCUGCACCUUCCUACGGGUGACAUCAAAUCAAGGAAGACGUGGUUCGUGCUUCCUCAUUUUAUUUCAAAUUACCAACCAUUGCUCAUGGAUAUUUUUAUUUGUUAUAAACUAUUCUUUUGGGGCUUGCAUGCCCAUGUUAUUGGCCGGUUGUGGCUUAUGACUUACCGUUGAAUAUUUCCGCUAUUCAUUGGUUUAAAUGUGAUGUUGUUAUGUAUGUUUACUACUGAGUAUGGAUGGAUUAUUUUUUCUCGAACGCCUUGUGUAAUCAAGUGAGGUUGACUCGCGGGUGACAUCACUUGAUUUCACGGCGGUUGUACACGCGCUUGGAUUGCGGUCUGGGGCGUGACAAUUAAGUGGUAUCAGAGACAUCUCAGUUCUAAACUAUAUAAUCAACCUCUCACAAAAGAUUUUACAAAAGAGUUCUUACCGAAAACCAUGAGCAUUGUAUUUUAACGUUUAUAGGACUAUUGGUGCUUAAGUUGCAAGGCCUCUAAUUGUUAAGACGGUACCCUUAACAAUUGGUAUGGUGGUGACUUGGGUCGAUACGUGUCUAUAACGUUUUUCUGUCAAUUGACAUUCAUAGGAGUCUAAAGACUCGUCCAAAUUCCGUUUCAGAAAUGGAGGGUAAGCGAAUGGCAACAAGAAAUGACCCUAAGGGACAAGCGUCGGUAGCUUACCUUGAGGCUAGCCGGGCUGUGUCACGAGCCUUUACGGGGAGAGGAAUAGGCCAUGGGGGCCGUGAGGGCCGCCAAGCGGCAAACGCUAAUCAAGUGGGCUCGAUGUGUAACAUGAACACCAGGAGGAACGAACGUAGGCGUCAGGCGAGGCGAGAUCGGGCCACCUCCCAACGUGAUAUGACUGUCAGCCAAACCCAUCCUUGGGCAAACGACCAAGGAGGAGAAAGCACUCUUACGGCACCGGCAUCACCGGUGAAAAAGAAAAGGAACUCAAAGUGGCACACGUCCUUUCCUAACUCCUUAAGACCAUCCAAAUGUUCUAAUUGCUCUAAGAAACAUUUUGGAAAGUGCAACGAGCCCCCGAUGUGCUACAAAUGUGGGAGCACAACCCAUAUGAAAUUAAGUUGCCCAUGGAGGAGGCAACGAGAGACAUUGCAAGCCGAGGAAGGGCUCACCGUGGAAGGAAACCAUACGGAACCAACGAUGAGCAACGCUACGUCCGUCAAUCAAGGCGGGGCCCAAGCAAGGGUCUACGCAAUGACCGAGGCGGAUGCGAGAGCAAACCCGGACUCCGUUGCAGGUUGAAGCUAGGGCUUGCCACCUGCACCUUCCUACGGGUGACAUCAAAUCAAGGAAGACGUGGUUCGUGCUUCCUCAUUUUAUUUCAAAUUACCAACCAUUGCUCAUGGAUAUUUUUAUUUGUUAUAAACUAUUCUUUUGGGGCUUGCAUGCCCAUGUUAUUGGCCGGUUGUGGCUUAUGACUUACCGUUGAAUAUUUCCGCUAUUCAUUGGUUUAAAUGUGAUGUUGUUAUGUAUGUUUACUACUGAGUAUGGAUGGAUUAUUUUUUCUCGAACGCCUUGUGUAAUCAAGUGAGGUUGACUCGCGGGUGACAUCACUUGAUUUCACGGCGGUUGUACACGCGCUUGGAUUGCGGUCUGGGGCGUGACAUAUUCUCCCAAUAUUGUAAAAGUGGAUCCAUGGGAGUUAAGUGAACUUAAAGUAUCACAAUGUGGGUUAAUAAUAUUAAAUUUGGUCUCAAGAAUAUGCUCUAUUGAAAUGUUGACAUGUAAUGAGUGGUAUAAGACCACUUUGCCAGCUUUUAUGAAAUAUAGUGAAGAGCAUAAAAUACCCACAUAAUAUAUCUAUCAUUAUAAGAUGAAUGUUUUGCAUGAGAUAACCUGCUAGAAAGUUGCCUAAAUAUAUUAAGAAAAUUUAGUUUAUAUUAAUUCAGCAUUGGUUAAUAACUAGCCCCCAAAAGUUUACACGUUGAAAUGAGCCAAAGUGUGCCAAUAUUGAAACCCCAUUUUCGAAAUGAUGUACUUGGACCCCCAGAAGUGGC